GAAACCAAUGCAGCAGGACCAUGCCUAAACUGUGGACUAGAUUCCAGAGGACGACCGCAGGAAUCCUGCACUAAGGUUAACGCCUUAGUUGCUCGCUCCAGUUUAGAAGCUCUUGCUGCAUAAAGUAAAAGACACCCCUCCGUCUGACGGCUCAUUUGUCAUGUUACCACACGACCUUCGCUCAUCCUUCCGUGUUGACCUGCUUUCGUAGCUCGAACGACUUCCGUGCGAUCAAGGUUGUCAGGACAUUGGCUUCUCCACAUCCCGCCCGCCAUACGAGAGUCCAAGGCUCUCAUCUCAUGGACGGUCGUCCGUCGUUACGCUCUCGCCUGUCGCCAUGAAUCAAGUUGGUUAUUUAGAAUUCUAAAAGCCAACUAGUUGGUCACCCUUUCCGAAUCCGAUCCACCUGUCCGUGAUAAGUAACAAUUAAUCGCCGCAGAUCCCUCCCAUAAUCACCAUUGGCACCGUACGGUAUAUUGUUGUCAAUCAACAACACAAUAGUACACUAAUCACCGCCAUGAUUCGGAGAUUAGCUCCGUGGAUUCGCAGCGCGCAGAGCGCGGUGACUGACCCGGGUUUCCUGCUAGCGCUGCUGUUGGUCGUUAUCCUCCCGUCGCUUAACCUCAACCUCAACCUUAGCAUCAGAGGGCCCAGUUUCCCCGUCCCUGCUGCACUCGACGACACCGUCGUCGGACCAUACGCCGACGGCUCCUCGCAACAACAGUCGCAACAGUUGCAGCAGCAGCAGGGGGGGGAUGGAUUGCAAGGGGUGCCGAGCGGGGUUAGCGGCGCAGGAGGCGGCGGUUUGGUCCGACGUAAGAUGCAGGAUAAGGAGGUGGUAGGGAUGGUGGCUGGCGGCGACAAGGCGGAUAGCUUAGGAGCAUCAGGAAGGGAGGACGCGGAGACGGAGGAGAGCGGCAAUGUCGGCGGCAAUGACGGCGGCAAUGACGGCGGCAAUGACGGCGGCAAUGUCGGCGGCACUGACGGCGACGCGAGUCUGAGCUCGCAGCAGCGGCAGCAGCAGGAGGAGCUGGUGGGCAAUCCCGUGGGGCGGCUCAAGAUCUACGUGUACGAUCUUCCACGCGAUUACAACUACAACUUCAUCAAGAAGCAGCCGCGCUGCCUGACGCACAUGUUCGCGUUAGAAGUACUGUUCCACCGUUACAUCUUGAACAGCCCCGUACGUACGACGAACCCGGACGAGGCGGACUGGUUCUACCUGCCCGUGUACCCCACGUGCGACCUGACCGCCUCGGGAUUGCCGCUGCCGUUUCGGUCGCCGCGGAUGUUCCGCGCGGCGAUCUCGCUGGUGGCGGAGAAAUGGCCGUACUGGAAUCGCACGGACGGCGCGGAUCACUUCUUCAUUACCCCCCAUGACUUCGGCGCGUGCUUUCACUAUGAGGAGGAGAAGGCCAUAACGCGCGGCAUCAUGCCCCUAUUAAAGCGAGCCACCUUGGUGCAGACGUUUGGUCAGAGCCACCACGUGUGCCACAAGCCCGGCAGCAUCGUGGUGCCGCCCUUUGCUCCCACGGGCCACAUGCACCGCCGCCGCAUCCCCCCCGACACGCCGCGCUCCAUCUUUGUGUACUUCCGGGGGCUGUUCUAUGACCACAACAACGACCCCCAAGGCGGUUACUAUGCCAGGGGAGCACGUGCAUCCAUCUGGGAGAACUUCAAGACCAACCCGCUGUUCGACAUGUCAGCGGAGCACCCCGCGUCCUACUACGAGGACAUGCAGCGCUCGCUCUUCUGCCUCUGCCCGCUCGGCUGGGCGCCCUGGUCCCCCCGCCUGGUCGAGUCGGUCUUCUUCGGGUGCAUCCCCGUUAUAGUGGCCGACAACAUCGUCCUGCCGUUCUCGGACGUCAUCCCGUGGCGCGAAAUCGCCGUCUUCGUGCCGGAAAAAGACGUCCCGAAACUGGACGAGAUUCUGGCCGGGAUCGGGCCGAGGAGAGUGCUGGCGAUGCAGCAGAGGCUGGCGUCGCAUGCAAUCAGGCAGGCUGUGGUGUUGGGACACCCGCAGCCGCAGGAGGGGGAUGUGUUUCACCAGGUGCUGAACGGGCUUGCCAGGAAGCUGCCUCACCCGCCGUCGGCGUAUUUAAAGCCUGGGGAUGAGAGGCUGAACUGGACUGCCGGGCCAGCGAAUGACUUCAAGCCCUGGAAGCCCGACUCGCAUGUUUAUUGGUGAAGACCAGUGGGUGUGACUUCUGCUCUCUGUAAGCUUUUCUGGGUCAACAGUGUUGUGACAAGCACAAAGCAGGUAGAAGAUGCAACAUUGCAAUGCAACAAUGUUGGAUAGGGGACUGCAUCCACUUGUACUCAAGAGUGACUGCUGCACCCAACAGUGCCAGACUGCCAGUACACCAGCAUGUUGCAGCAACUGCAGUUGCAUACUGUGCGGGGACACCAGCAGCGACAGUGCCAUGCCAGCAAGCUGCAACGCUGACGGUACUGGAAAUCCUACAACUCUAGGCUAUGAAAAGCGAAAUCAAUGCCAUAUGCAUAGGUAUGGCAGACAUAUGCAGCCACUUGGCAAUGUCCAUUGGAUUGUUGCAAUUUUCAAUCAUUACCUUCAUGUUCCCGCA